AUGGGUUCUUUCUCAGAUCCUGAGAAGCAUGCCCCGGUAGAAGACUAUGGCGAGGUCGGGCUCGGGUCGACACCACUGGUUAAUGCGGACAAGCUUGCUCGUCGCCUGUCGGGCCGACAGGUGCAGAUGAUUGCUAUCGGCGGUACCAUCGGUACCGGUCUGUUCUUGGGUACUGGCUCGUCUCUUGCCACCGGCGGUCCUGCUUCGAUGUUGAUCGCAUACGCGAUUUGCGGUGGAAUUGUAUUUAUCACUAUGCUGUCUCUAGGUGAGAUGGCUGCAUUUGUGCCCGUUGCCGGAUCCUUCUGUACCUAUGCGGGUCGUUACGUAGAUGAUGCUCUGGGUUUUGCUUUGACAUGGAAUUACUGGUUCAAUGAUGCUUGUUCAACGGCUUCAGAUAUCAUUGCCCUGCAGCUUUUACUGGAAUUCUGGACUGAAAAUUUUCCGGGUUGGGCCAUCAGUUUGAUCUUCCUCGUCGUUGUCAUUUGCCUAAAUCUUCUUUCGGUUCGGGUGUAUGGUGAGGUCGAAUAUUGGCUGAGCUUGCUUAAAGUCGUCACCAUCGUGAUCUUCAUCAUUCUCGGCAUUGUCGUCAACUGUGGUGGGAAUAAGAACCAUGAGUACAUCGGCGGCAAAUACUGGAACAUGGGACAGGCUCCUUUUGUUGACGGCAUCGGAGGAUUUGCCUCCGUCUUUGUCACAGCAUCUUUUGCCUUUGGCGGCACCGAGUCUAUUGCCAUUACCGCUGGUGAAACGAAAAACCCCUCCAAGACUAUGCCCAAAGUUGUGCGCAAUGUCUUUUUCCGCAUUGUGCUCUUCUACCUGCUCUCCAUCCUACUCAUCGGCCUUAAUGUCCCAUACAACUACCCCGGUCUCGACGAUGAGAACACUCGCACUAGUCCUUUCACCAUUGUCUUCGAAGAGGCCGGUAGCUCCGUUGCCGGUAGCUUCAUCAAUGCCGUUAUCAUGACCUCUGUCAUCUCUGCCGCAAACCACGCCCUCUUCGCCGCGACCCGAUUGCUGUACUCGUUGGCUAUCGAUGGUUACGCGCCCCGCUUUUUUGGCCACUUGAACCGCUUCCAGAUUCCCUGGAUCGCGGUUUUAGCUAGCUCUGUCAUCAGUGGACUCUGCUUCGGUGCAAGCUACAUCGGCGCGGGUCAAUUGUGGACCUGGCUACAGAACAUCGUUGGUGUCUCUAACCAACUCUCCUGGAUCUGUAUCGGUAUUGCAUCUCUCCGCUUCCGCGGCGCCAUCCGUGCCCAAGGUCUAGAGGAUCUUCUCCCCUACAAGAACUGGACGUACCCAUACGGCCCCAUCUUUGCGAUCGGCCUCAACACCGUCCUUGUUCUGGUGCAAGGCUGGAAAUGCUUUAGCCCACACUUCAAGGGCGUGAAGUUUGUUUCCUAUUACAUCGAAAUCGCCCUCAUGGUCGUCAUGUUCGUUGGCUGGAAGCUCAUCAAGCGCACAAAGUUUGUUCGCACUGCGAACAUGGACUUGCGAACUGAUCGAUAUGAUGGUGGCAUUGACGACGACCACACUCCAGAGGAGGUGCAAGAGCCGGAACGAAAGGGGAUACUCGGCAAAUUGCAGCGCUUUGGGCAGUGGCUGUUUCUCUGA